AUGGCUAAUGGAACGGUCAUCGCCGCCUCGCCCGAAGAGGCUCCGCCACCAUACAAGCCAAUGGUGGACAGUAUCGCGAGCCUGUUCGACGAUCCGAAGUACAGCGACUUCGAGAUCGAAUGUGGAGACAAGAUAUGGAGGGUUCACAAGAACAUCGUUGGCAGUCGGUCUGAUGUCUUGGACAGAGCCUUCAGUGGUCAAUUCAAGGAGGCAAGUGGCAACUUCAUCGCUCUGUUAGACGAUGAGGGUUGCGUGGUGAGAGAGAUGCUUCGAUACAUCUACACGUCAGACUACCACGACGAGCAUUACCUGUGGCCCUCCGACGAGGACGACGAGAAUUACUGCUACAAACCGAUGCUCUUCAAUGUUCUCAUGCACACCACCGCCGACAAAUAUAACAUCCCAGCUUUGGCAGACCUGGCCGCCGCAAAGUUCAAAGCACGCGCAGUCAAGGAAUGGAUCACCGAAGAUUUCGCCAACGCUAUCGAGGAGAUGUACGAUACAGCUCCCGACAGUAAGAAAGCCAUGCAUGCUUGUGCCGUCAGCACUGCUGUCGAACAUGCCCAGGACUUGUAUGAGAACAGAUUGUGCGGGAGAUUUCGCGAGGUGGCGAGCAAGACGCCCGCCUUUACCUCUGCUUUCGCGGCCCGGCUGGUUAGUGAACAGGGGAAGGCAAAGCGGGAGCGUGUAGCCACACCGAUGAAAAAUGUCUUUCGCUCAGCUAGGUCUCCUGACGCAUGGUGA